UACUGUGGCGAUCAUGCUUUCUGCCAUCUGGCAUCUCUGGAAACUCCUCAGAAGAUAUAUAUCAAAAAACUCUCUCUGGUCACACACUCCUUUUAAGCACCACGCUAGAAAGCUCAAAAAGUCACUCACAUGUAACAAAGUACAAAAUACACAUAAAAUAUAAUUAAGCCUACCGGUUCUGCGUUUUACUUAAGUGCAGAACUCACUGUGAUUUGGAAACCAACCAUAAUUUUAUCAACAACUACGUCUCUUGCCACCGCGUCCCACAACUUAUAGCAAUUUUGUUCAUAGCCAACAAGUAUAUAUUUGAAUGAUCAUGCGUUCAGAAAUUCCAUUUAAUUGCGGUGUAUGUGGAACUCUUAAAUGCUUGCAUCUUGGAGACGGACAGAAGACUAUGUGGAAUAUCUUUGAAGAACAGAACAUUUUCGCGUGUAAUGCUCGAAUUAAGAUUGCUGCGGAGUUGGACUGUUCCCUUUGCAGAAGCAUAUAUUUAUGCACCUUGCUUUACAAUUGCAAUGUCGAUUGGUGAAUCCAGUGUCGAAUAGUUGGAGAACAGAUUCAAGAGCUUUAUUAUGUGGUCUGAAUAUCUGUAUAACUUUUGCCCUCCCUCAAUAUGUAUGUGUCGGAGAGGAGACAAGUCAGUCUCUCAUUAGACUAAGACCAUAGGUCGUGGUAGGAUAUACCAGUUCUAGUAUGAUGUGGAGUCAGUUUGUGAACUGAGGCCGUGUGUGGCUUCGUUGUGUUGCUGGAUCUGGUCUCUCUAUUUUCGUUACCACUCGAUACUUCUAUUUGUCCCGAGUUUUAGCGUGGUGUUAUGUUGAGAACUGUUGAGUAAGUGGCGGCUAUGAGCAACAAAGGCAACGAAGACUCGCAGCACCAUCCAGGACUUGAAAUGGAGGAGCAGCAAGCUAGUGAUCAAGCGACGGAUGAGGGCCGGCGUGGAGAAGACUUCAAUUCUCCGACAUCAGAAGUGGGAUUCGGCUCUAACCAAACUUUUUAUAGAGAAGUAUUCGCUCUGUUAGAACAACAAAACCGGAACUUUCUGGAACUGGUUAAGAAGCUACAGACGCCGGCGAAUGAGUUGCAACAGACUAGCGAGAUUUUCCUGCCGAAAUAUAAUCCGGACGUUGUUGGUAUGGAUGCCACGCAGUGGUGCGCUAUGUUCGACAUCAUCUUACGAGAAAAACCAUUAAGUGACAGCGCUCUUAUCUUAGCGUUAUCUUAAAACUGGGAACCAGAGACGAAGCGAGCUAAAUCUGCGGAAAUCAAAUGUUACCAGUGUGGAAAACUAGGCCACAAAAAGCAAGACUGUAGAUCUGGAUCUCAGAGUUCGACAAAUGGAAAGGAGUGGCGGUUAGUGCAGCCUCGUCAUGGAAGGACAAACGUAACAUGUUACAGAUGUCAGGAGCCGGGACACAGCCACAAAUUGUCAAAAAAAAGUACAGAAUGCUGGGUUGGGAGUGAGAACGGAAAAAAGAGUCGAGCUAUGCGCUAUAGUGGAGCCUCAAUCGAGUAUGCUGGUCAAUGGUGAGAGAUUUCCAAUUACAUUUGAUUCGGGAGCUGAGUGCUCAUUAAUUAAGAAAAGCGUUUCUAAUAAGUUAGUUGGUAAGAGAAUUCAUAACGUUAUUUAGGGGAUAGGCAAUGCCAAUAAAGUUGUUCAGCCUACUAAUUUUGAUAAAAUUGAAACGGAAAUGGUCGAAAAUGAAAAAGAAACUUUAAUAUCAUUGCUAAAUCAACAUUCUCUAUCUUUUAUCGAAGGCACACCGCAAAGUCGUGUGAAUACUGCGGAAAUGCAUAGUCGUUUAAUUGACUCGACUAAGACUGUGCAAAAGCGACCAUAC